UCCCACUCCACAAUCGCCCUCAUCGUCCACAUCAGAUCUAGGGUUUUCUUCCUCUCAAUUCAAUCAACAAUGGCGUUAGAAUGGGUUGUUCUCGGCUACGCUGCCGCUGCAGAAGCAGUUAUGGUCCUCCUACUAACCGUUCCCGGACUUGGCCCGCUCCGAAAGGGCUUAGUAGCCGUCAUCCGUAACCUCCUCAAACCGUUCCUCUCGAUCGUCCCCUUUUGCCUGUUUCUAUUCAUGGAUAUCUACUGGAAAUACGAGAAUCGACCGAGCUGCGCUUCGGACUCGUGUACCCCGACGGAGCAUUUGCGUCACCAGAAAUCCAUCAUGAAGAGCCAGCGUAACAUGUUGUUGAUCGUCUCGGCUUUGGUUUUCUAUUGGCUGUUGUACUCUGUGACUCACUUGGUUGUUAAGAUCGAUCAGUUGAAUAGCAGGGUCGAGAAGUUGAAGAACAAGGAAUGAUGUGAUGGAUUAUUGAA